AUGGCUGAGGCGGAGCAGGUAGCCCCAGCCGACGAGGCCGACUUCACAGCGGAGAAGCCAGCCGAGAGCGACAGCAGCGAUUCCGAUGACGGCAUGCCUCCGCUUGACGGCUACUGGGCAUCGAUGCUCAACGUUACUAAGACUGAAGCGCCUGUGAAGCCCCAGCUUUUAUUGAAGACGAAGCUCGACGAGGAGCGGAAGGGUAAGGGCCGCGGCAAGGGCAAGAAGGGGAAGGGCGGCAAGUCUGGAUACCCGCCUAUGGGCAUGUAUCCGGGAUUUCCAUUCGACCCGCUCAACCCCAUGUGGGGCAGAAAAGGCUGGAAGGGCGGCAAGGGCAGCUGGCGCUCCAGACAAGGUGCCAACCCGAACGACAUAGGCGAUUUCAUCGCGUGGGCGCAGGACGAGAACGCCGCGGACGGCAGCCGGCCGGUGCGAGAGAGGUCCCGCUCACCCGCGAGGCAGCCUGCUUCUAUGCGCUUGGAGAGCUUCCUGGAGUGGGCACGCGACUCCCGCGAAGCGAAGGAGGAACCGCCCGAGCCAGAGGAGCGCGGAGGAGGCCUCGGCGGCUUCAUGGCUUGGGCCACCGAGCCCGGUCCGAAGGAGGAGGACGCGCCAGCCUUCCCGGCGCCGCUCCCGCCGCCGCCUCCGCCCCCGGCGCAGACGGCGCCGCCGCCGCCGCCGGCGGCAAAGGCCGAGCCCGAGGCCGAGGAGGAGAAGCCGGCAGCCACCGGUGGUGAGUUGAUCGUGCCAAAGGAGUUGGAGCAGGAGCUUCGGAAGAUGGGCGACAGCGCGGGCGUGUCGAGCUCCAGGCCCAGGCGCGCGAAGAGCGAGGAGCGUUCCGACCAGAGCGAGGGGGCUGAGAGGCUGGAGUCGCAGCUCAGGCUCAUUCUCCAGAUGGGCAUGAUCACCGAGCACAGGGGCGGCAGGCCUGCGGUCUGCGUCUGCCGCAUCGCGGGGCAGUAUGGCAAGCCGCGCAGCAAGCCCACCGAGGUGGUAGACGGCCUCGGCGAGAUCAUGUCAUUCAAGGGCGACAACAUCAACGGGUACGACACGUCCGACCGAAAGUGGGACCCCAACCGCCUGUUGCAGGGCUACUUCCACUCCGCGAGCACGCUGAACUACCUGCGGGCCCUCUGCGCAGCAGGGGGGCCGGCUGGCACGAAGGACAUCAGCGUCGACCCCCUGGCGGCCUCCCCGAAGUUCGCCAGCAUGAAGUCGUCCGCGCGGGACAUUGGCGGCAAGGAUGCGCCCACCGAGUUCUUCACAGCUCACGAAGCGAUGCAGCUGGACCUGGAGGAGGCACUGACCAGAAAGGCCGGCGACAAGUACUACAAUUUGAGCGCUCACUUGGUGUGGAUCGGCGACCGCACCCGUCAGCUGAACGGUGCGCACGUGGAGUACUUCCGCGGAAUCGCUAACCCUGUGGGCGUAAAGGUGGGCCCCUCGAUGAAGGCAGACGAGCUGCAAGAUUUGGUGAAGAUGCUGAAUCCUACGAAGGAGGAGGGCCGCCUCAUGCUCAUCACGCGGUACGGGGCUUCCAAGAUCGAUGACAUGCUGCCGGCACACAUUGAGGCCGUGAAGGCCAGCGGCGUUCCCGUGGUCUGGCAGUGCGACGGCGUCCACGGCAAUGGGAUCGUCGCGAGCAACAAGUACAAGACCCGUGUCGUGGAGGACGUGAUCAGCGAGGUCGUCAAGUGCAUCGCCAUCCACAAAAGGUGCGGCAGCGUUUUAGGGGGAAUACACUUGGAGGUGACAGGGCAGGAGACCGUCACCGAGUGCUUGGGCGGCUGCAUCGGAAUGACCGAGGAGAUGUUAACGAAGAAUUACGAGACAUAUUGCGACCCGCGCUUGAAUUACGCGCAGAGCAUCGAGGCCGCGUUCGAGAUUGCAGACAGCCUGACGUGA